AUGCCUUCUUCCUGGCUUCUGAGCGUCGGGACGCUCGUCGCUUCAUCGAUUUUCUCCCCCGUUGUGGCCGGUGGCUCAUGGCCGGCAAAAAGCUAUCUACUCGCCGAAAACUGGCAAGGCGACUCGUUCUUGGAUCAUAUCGAAUUCUUUACCGGGGCCGACCCUACCAACGGAUAUGUCACCUACCAAAACCAGAGCAGCGCGGAGAGCUCGGGUUUGUUCAAGGUAACCUCCAGUGGGAGUAUGUACCUGGGCGUGGACCACACAAAUACUCUAGAUCCUAACGGCGCGGGACGGGAUUCGGUACGAGUCGAAAGUAAAAUGUUCUACAAGCAAGGUCUCUACAUUGUCGACAUCGCGCACAUGCCCGGGAGUGUUUGUGGUACCUGGCCCGCGUUUUGGUCUGUUGGUCCUCGCUGGCCUCAGGAUGGCGAGAUCGAUAUCGUUGAAGGGGUGAACAAGAACGAAUACAAUGAGAUUGUCCUGCACACUAGUGGCUCCUGUGGAAUCUCGGCCGACAAUGACAUGACCGGUACUGUGAGCUCCACGGAGUGUGGUGAAGCCUCCGGCACCAUUGGUUGUGUUGUGAAGGGUAAAAAUGGCACGUCUGGCACUCCGUUCAACGAGCAGGGCGGCGGUGUCUACGCCCUGGAGCGUACCUCUGAAUUCAUCAAGAUCUGGUACUUCCCGCGUGGUUCAAUCCCCAAGUCUAUCGCCAACGGCACACCGGACACGGCUCACUUUGGGACUCCCAUGGCGCAUCUCCAAGGAUCCUGCGACUUUGGUGAACACUUCUCGGCACAGAAGCUGAUAUUCAACACCGAUUUCUGUGGUGACUGGGCCGGUGGUAUCUUCGGACAGGAUGGCCUUUGUCCAAUGAGCGAUCCCAGCGACACUUUCAAGAGCUGCAAGACCUACGUUGCGGAGAACCCUGAGAAGUACAAGGACUCGUAUUGGGAGAUCAACUCGGUUCAGAUCUACAUGGCUGGCUCCCGUCACCAUGAGUCCAGUCAGCCUGCUUCUGCAGGUACCGCAUCUGGUACUGAGGUUCCCACGAGCAGUGCGGCACCAGCAGUCGAGUCUACUGCUGAAGCAACCACAUCCAGCAUCGCGUCGACCACUGCUGCUCCCGAGCCAACGUCUGAGAGCACACCUGUUGCAGAAUCAACGGUGUCCAGUGAGAGCUCUACGCCACCGACGACUCAAUCGCCGGUCGAGAGUGUCCCCGCACCUGACACCAGUGCGCCUAUCCAACCAACUAGUGGUACCACCUCUGCGGUGCCUGAGACGACACAAUUGCCGGCCGAGACCACUUCCUCCGCAGUUCACGCCAAACAGUCCAAAUCCCGAAGCACCGUGUACGCGACAUCGACGACUACGAUCUGCCCUCAAGCAGCCAGCUCUACUGCUGUGGGUGCCGUGGGCGCUAAUGAGCCUGAACCCGAGACCUCGCAAGCUAGCCAUUCGUUCCCUGCCAGCAACAACGUUCAAGAACACGGUAGCCAGUCUCCAGCUAGCGAAGCUCCGGCGACGUCUACGCCUGUGGCUGAGCCUGUUGCAGAGUCGACCGAGGCUCCAGCUGAAUUGCGCCCUACUGGUGCUGACGCAGUCGGUGCCUCUGCUCCUGCUUCGUCUGAGAGCUCUGCAGCUCCCGUCACCCAGGCUUCCUCGACUGAGACUCCUACUCAAGCGCCUGCUACCCAUGAUCCACAAGCUUCUGAGCCUGCACCAUCUUCUGCCGCGGCAGUUGAAAACUCCGCUGCCCCCUCUCCUGCACCGGCGACGAGCAGGGUCCCUGUGAUCUCUUCGGAACGUGCUUAUUCGCCCAGCAGCAGCACGCCUUCUACCGUCCACGCUUCCGGUAGUUCUUACUACCCUGGAUAUGGUGCUUCUGGUACGCCUUCUGGUAGUGGGCCAACACCACCUCUCUUCACGGGCGCUGCCAGCAGACUGUCUGUUGGAGUAACUGGUGUCCUUGGAGCUGUUGCCGUGGCUUUGAUGGUAUAA